CGCGCGCGGACGUAUCGUACACUACCCUGUUGCGAAUAGACAGAGAGGUCUAUACUAAUAUCAAGGUGCCAGAGUGAGACACGAACACGCGACGCUCAAUUUCAACAGGACGGCAAGGAACGUAAUACAAUGUGUUACUUCAGCAUAAUACUGAUUAUAUUCGAUUUAAGUGACCGGUUGUGAAGAAUUAGUGAAGGAUGGCGCCGCGAAUUGUAAAAUUGUCAAUAUUACUCACGUUUUGUUUAUCUGGAAUCACUAUUGUGACAGGCAUGUCGGAUGUUUGGGUGGAGCUGCGGGCGCCGCGCUUCGUCGUCCAUCGGCACAGCGCGGUGCUUCGCUGCGAGCACAACGUCGACCCUGACUCUCUCUACAAGGUAGUGUUUUUCAAACACGGUCAAAGGAUAAUGAAGUACGUGCGCGGAAGGGAUCCUCCCUUUGAGACCUUCAAUUUUACCGGCGCUGAAAUUAACUUGAUAAAGUUAACACCUACUUCCAUAACGUUGGAGAAAAUGGAUUUCUCGGCUUCGGGUUCGUACGCCUGUGAAAUUGCACUCGAGACGCCUUUGUAUUCAAAAGUGUCGAAAAUUCAUGAACUGAAUGUUAUUGUCCGCCAGAAGUACCGUCCAAAAAUUAAAAUAAAACACAAGAAAGUAUCGUCCAGUGAGAACUUAGAAGCGACUUGUCAGAGCGCCCCCGCUCACCCCGCACCUCACCUCACCUGGUUCAUUAACCAUAUGAAGGUAGACGAAAGAUUGAUCGAACCUCACGGAACUUGGAAUGUCCACCGUCAUCAUCACGGUAUGCCGCUGUCGCUCACUAAUUCCUCGCUCCACUUUCCGUUGUCCAGUCUCCAGCUGUUCCCCAAUCAGACAGUGGAGAUAACAUGUCUGAGUACAAUACCAAGCUACGCGAAUCUCGGUGAAGGAUUUGCGGAUAUACAAAAUCAUACGGUUACCGUUAACGUAAUCCGUAUGGAACCGCCGCCCACUCAAUUACCGGUGAAGAUCAUCAGUCCUGAACACAAUUCUUCAAAUCGUUACAACAAUCAGUGUGUGCUUAUAAUUUUAAUGUAUUUGAUGUGCUGUUAUACUAAGAUGCAGUGA